AUGAGAAUUCAUACAGGUGAAAAACCGUUCACUUGUGCAGCUUGUGGAAAAUGUUUCCAUCUAAACAACUCUUUAAACAGACACAAGAGAAUUUUCUUUUUAGUUAAUCACAUCAGAGUUCACACCGGUGAGAAACCUUUCUCAUGUGAGACCUGUGGAAAAAGUUUCACUCAAAAGCAAAGUUUAACUCUUCACAUGAGAUUUCACACGGGUGAGAAGUCUUUCUCAUGUGGGGCCUGUGGAAAAUGUUUCCCUUAUAAAAGAAGUUUAAAUUGUCACAUGAGAACUCACACGGGGGAGAAACCUUUCUCAUGUGCUACCUGUGGGAAAAGUUUUGCUUUUAGGUCUGAUUUACGAAAUCACAUGAGAACUCACACAAGUGAGAAGCCUUUCUCAUGUGUGAUUUGUGGGAAAAGUUUCCCUUAUAAAAAAAGUUUAAAUCGUCACAGGAGAUCUCACACAGGUGAGAAGCCUUUCUCAUGUGGGAUAUGUGGAAAAAGUUUCAGUCAAAAACAGCACUUAACAUCUCACAACAGAAUUCACACU